GAAAUCCAGCCCAGUAUACCCACUGCUGCUGCCGGUGUCUCGUCUACUCGACCGAUCUCGCGCAGCGCCGCGACCGCCGCCGCCGCUGCAUCCGCCGAUCCCCUGUCCCAGCCUCGAGCACGUCGCUUCCCCCUCCCUCCUUCCAUUCGAUUCGAGCUUGUCCCUAGGGUUCUUGACCCCGCUCCACCACCUCCCAUGGCGGACGAAGCCAACCGAGCGGCGUUCAUGGAGCUGCAGGCGCGGAUGAUCGAUACCACCGGGAAGAUCAAGCAGUUACAAACCCAGAUGCGUUCUAAAGAGGGGGAAAAGAAGCGUGCUUACCUCACUCUGGAGGAACUUCGCCAGUUGCCAGAGGAUACCAACACCUACAAGACUGUUGGAAAAGUGUUUAUUUUGGAGCCAAAAUCAGUUCUUUUGAACGAGCAAGAGCAAAAGUUUAAUGACAGUGAGAGUGCAAUAGCAUCAAUGCAGACUUCCAAGGAAUAUCUUGAGAAACAGUUGGGAGAAGUGGAGAACAACAUCAGAGAACUGCUUCAACAGGACCCGGGGCUUGCACGCCAGAUUCUCUCAAUGACUGUCCAAUGAGAGUUGUUUACAUUAUGAUAUGAUCAGAUGUAAUUUUACAAUUUGAUACGUCUGCAAACUUGACUUUCCCCGUCCCCUUUGUUGUGAGUUGUGGGGUGCUGUUUUGCUGCAAUGGGUCCUGUUCCAUGUAUGAACAAAAGAAUUUGCAGUUGCUUCCGGCAAUAGUUUGGUGACUGAUGCUGUAGCGAACUACUCUUGCCGCGAUCUCACCUGUUGAUCAUGUGUUUUUGUGUGGAAUUCAGAAACUUGUCCA